GAUGCUGCAUUUGUCACAUAAAAGUUGUAUACAUCAAAAAUGUUGGGUUAAACAGCUCAAAUAUAUUCAAAGUAUUCAAAAAAGCAUAAAAACGCUUUCAAAUAAGAGCACUCCUAAGAACGGAGAAUGUCCUCCCAUGGACAAGGUGAGACUGAAAAACUGAAACACAAUGUUGAAAAGCAACUGGACCGCUUGAUGGAACAACUGUCCGAUUUGGAGGCCUGCAAUUUUAUUGGAAUGAAUAGAGAAUCAAUGGAAGCCUCAGACUACGAAGAAAUCAAAGAAGAAACAAUGGAUCAGCUAAAGGAACUGAACGCGAGUCUAUUAAAAUUAGUAAACGGUGAUAUAUCACUGGUAAAUUCCAUAGGCGCACUUCAGCUGGCGACCCAAGCUGCAAUUUCGCAAGCAUUCAAAACGCCAGAAGUGAUACGGCUGUUUGGGAGAAGAGAACCCAAGCAACUGAGAGAAAGACUUGAGACUGUUGAAGAGCAAUUAAAGUUCAAUAAAAUAAGCGUUGAAGCCAGAGACCGACAAAAGGGCGAAAUCCUCACUGCAUUAAGGCAGUUGAACGAACAGCUUACAAGGGACGAGCUGCAGUUUUUAGAGCAGCAUUCUCAACAAUUUGCAGCGUUUAAAAAUGUCGAGUUUUUAGAACUAAAUGAACAGCAGUAGGUGCCCAUCAGCAGAUAGUCGUAACAUUAAUUUUAUAUCUUUAUCAGUUGCCAGAUUUGCGUAAGCUAGCCCUUAUCCCUUUGUGGACGGAGUUUUAUAUUUUUAAGUAAACGCUUUUUGAUUAGUUUUUGGGGUAUAUUAGGGUAAAAAAUGCUCCAAAAAACGUUACAGAUUUUAAUUUGGAAUCACUUUUUUUAAUUUUUAACUUUUGAUUUAACUUUUAAAGUGAAGUACUCCGUUGCUAGAAAAAAAAUGCAAAAAGGUGCCUCCGCCAACCCCGCCUCAAAACCUCGUCAACUAUACGCAGAUCAAAAUACGCUUAAACUUAAAAACUAUUUAAUACACACUAUAGUUGCACGAAAUCGGCGGAUACAGUCUAAUUAAUAUUAAAACUGCCACAUAUGUGAAUGAAUAAAAUACAUGAACAAACACGUCUAUCCCAAUUGGA